CCGUUGGGGAACUAUCGCUAGAUUCGUGGUAAAAAAGAAGCUCAACCCCACAUCCCCUUGGGUCUAGGUCACGCGAUUCCUCUUCUCCUCUCUCCCCCAUCCGCUCCGCCGCCAUUUUAGGGAUCCCUCGGCGCGUGGCCUCCGGUGCGGUGAUGCCGCCGCAUGAGGACGCCCUCGAUGCCGGCGCCGUUGACGUGCUCACCUUCAGGCUCCACCCCCUCGCUGUCUUGAAAUUAUCCCACCGCAUCCGCGAGUUCGUCCAUCUCCACGAUGACCAAUACCAGCAAGCGAGGAUGUCUGGGUGCGUUAUUGGGGUUCGGCGUGGUGGGACGGUGGAUAUCUCCGAUACCUUCGACAUCUUGCACGACCCCGACCCCGGAACCUUCGACCGCGCCUUACUGGAGAAGGAUCAGGAGAUCUACAAGAAGGCCUUCCCUGACUUGUCCGUUCUCGGGUGGUACUCCAUUGGGACCAAUGUGCACGCCACCGACACGGGAAUCCACCAUGGGGACUACACCGACAUGCAAAUCCACCAGACCUUGAUGGAUGCUAAUGGAACAGCCUUUUAUCUUCUAUUAAAUCCUGCAAUCAACUUUUCCCAUAAGGAUAUUCCUGUGACUAUUUAUGAAAGAGUGUUGUGCAAUUCCGAUGGGAGUCCCCCGGUCAGCUUUGUCCAAGGAAACUAUACAGUUGAGAUUGUAGGAGCAGAGAGGAUAUCUUUAGACCAUGCUGAUUUUCUCUAUCCAAGUCCAUGCGUAGUCUUCGAUGUUCUUGCACCACCUCUUGGAGAAAAAAAAAAUGCAUUUAGGACGAUGUUGUUUGAAACCCCUUCGGGAUUUGCAAUGUUCCGUGUUUCGGAUGUUUUAUUUAGAUAUCCGGAGGACAUAUGGUCGAGUUUUACUGAUCCACAUACUGCACACCAGGUCGUUCGUACCAUUGGUUUUAUUGAGGUUGGUGACAAAUCUGUUGUAUGGGAUAAUGAUAUUGGUCCUGGCGAGGAUAUAGAGCACUUUAUCCUAAAAUUUCCAAUUAAAUCAUUGGUUGUUCCAGAUGCACAGCUUAAAUUUAUUAUUGAGAAAAACCUUAACAUUAGCUGUUGGUUUAAUGGGCGUAUUGUUCCUGAGUUGAUUUGGGGACUAAAUUAUGCCCUGGAUGAAUUUGUGCCUCGAGAGAAGGGCAACCUAUCAAAUGAACGCCAUUUUCCACUGAGCAAGCAACUGCAUGAGCAGUUAAAAGCAUAUGGAUUUAGUAUCUCACCACAAUUGAUUAACAGAGAGUUUAUAACCAGUUUUGGUUACUUAAAUUAUCUGGAACGUACUUCAAAUUGCAUUUCCGGAGAUUUACACCAGAAAUUUGAUCGUUUCUUUUGUGGACUUGAGAUGUCUGAGGGAGAGUUUGUAAGAGGAGUUGCACACCGUCUCCAUUCCAUGGAGGAAGUGGCAUCUACACCAGGCAGACGAGAGGCAUUGAGCAAUGCUGAAUUUCUUUUGGCGGUUCCUAAGAAGAAGUGUAACACGAUAUCUCGUCUUAAGCGUAUGGAGGCAGAGGAUAGGGGUACAGGGCUUGGGCAUCCUUGGGUUUGCGCUGCUGCUGUUGCGGUGGGCUUCGGGGUUAUGGCAGGAUUGUGCAUUGCGAUGAAGCGAGCAAAUUAGAACUGGGUAAUAGGACCAAUGAGACUAAAUUAGGAUCCGUAUGUACGGUGACAAACAACUUUUGUGAUCUAAAGUGACCAGUAAACAACCGCCAGUUCAUCCUAUCACGUGGCACAGUAAUUUCUUAAAUAAAUCUCAAAGUAUCCGUGUGAAGAAAAAUAAUAAUUCUAGAAAAAAGAUUAGCCUA